AAGCAGAAACGGCGGUUAGUCUGAACCACCCACCCCAGUCGUCCUCCUUUGGCGUACCGUACCAGCCACUUGUCCCUGGCAAAGAUGACCGUGUUGAGCAUGGACUCGUAGAAGAGGCAGUAGCCCAUCCACUCGGAGAUGAUGAUGUCCACCUUCUCCACGGGGAGCUCCACCUCCUCCACCUUGCCCUUGAAGAUGGUGAUGACUGCAUGCAAGAAAAGACGCAACGCUACAGAAGCAAACUGGAGGAAGGAAGAAGAUGUCGUCUGCGUACAAAGACGUCGAGGAAGACUGGCUGACGGUGUGCCUCAAGUACCUGCUUUUUGUCUUCAACUCACUCUUUUGGGUGGGAGGAGCGGCCGUUCUAGGUGUGGGGGUGUGGACGCUGGUGGAGAAGAGCGAGUUCCUAAGCCUGCUGGCCUCCAGCACCUUUGCCGUCUCCGCCUACAUCCUCAUCCUGGCCGGGGGGCUGGUAGUGGUCACGGGCUUCCUGGGCUGCUGCGCCGUCAUCCGGGAGCAGAGGCGCUGUCUGUCCAUGUAUUUCUUCGGCCUGCUGCUGAUUUUCUUGAUCGAGCUGGUGGCUGGAGUCCUGGCGUAUGUCUACUGCCAGAGGCUGAGCGAGGAGCUGAAGCAGCAUCUGAAGCAAACCAUGACAGACAACUACGCCCAACCAGGGAAGGAGGCUAUCACGUUGGCUGUGGACAAACUACAACAGGACUUCAAGUGCUGCGGUAGCGACAACUACCAAGACUGGACCACAAGCGUUUACAUCAUGUCCAAGCACGGCCGAGGCAGGCUGGUUCCAGACAGCUGCUGCAAGUCCAUGACUCCCGAUUGCGGCGUCAGGGACCACCCGUCCAACAUCUACAACGUGGAGGGUGGCUGCAUCACCAAGCUGGAGCAGUUCUUGGCCGACCACCUGUUGGUCAUAGGAGCCGUGGGGAUUGGAGUGGCCUGUCUGCAGAAGAACUGGAGGACUUGGGUACAUUGUGAUUAUGAUCUGUGGGAUGGUGCUCACCUGCUGCUUGUACAGGAGGAUCAAGAUGGAGCCUUACUGAGAGCGUCUCUUUCCGCUGGCUUAGCUUCCUCCUGUCGUGUUCCAGGAGCAUGUCCAUCAUCUUUAACUAGAACUACACUCAGUCUUUGAGGAAACACCCAUGAUGACGCUAAUGCCAAUUUUUCACUGAUGUUUGAGAUUUCAGCUCUGCAGUUUAACAAUCUAAUUAGAGAAGACGAUUCACAACUUUCAUCCUGAUAACGGUUUCAAAAAACAAAGCAGCCUUGCAGAAAAUAUAACUAAUAUAGUCAUAUUAUGUAUUAUUUUUAUUAGAUUUAUAUAUAUUUAUAAUUGUAAAUAUUUAUAAUAAUCAUAUAUGAUUAAUAUAUAAUAGAAUAAAAUAAGUUAAAUUCAAUCUAAAAAUAAAAUGAAAUAAUAUAAAUAGAAUAAAUAAUAUUCAUAUUUUUAACUUUAAUUUGAUGAUUUUUAGUCUGACUUUGAUGUAAUUUAUUAUUUAGUUCAUCAUUAUGUAUGAAUAAUAAUAAUUAGUAAUUAUUAUUAUUAUUAUUAUUAUAAAGACACAGCAUGUUGGCCACAUAGUCAGGACAUGUGGAAGACGUGGGCUCCAAUAUCCACAUCAGCAUUUCUGUGUGUGGGUUUUCUGGGUACUCCAGUUUCCUCCCACAUUCCAAAGACAUGCAUGUUAGCUUCACUGGCGACUCCCAAUUGUCCAUAGGUAUGAACGUGAGUGUGAAUGGUUGUUUGUCUAUAUGAGCCCUGCCAUUGGUUGGCCAACAGGCCAGGGUGUACCCCGCCUCUCGCCCGAAGUCAGCUGGGAUGGCGACCCUAGUGAGGAUAAGCGGCAUAGAAGAUGGAUGGGCGGGUAUACAGUACACCUAUACUGUAAAUACAUAAUGACAUGAAAACCAAAGAGUGUGCUUUGAGUGUAUACUGCCACCUGGCGGUUAACAUGAUUAAACUCGCAUUCAACACUAAACUGGGGAGAAAGUAUUCAGUGAUUGUUUACUGGCUUUAAUUGGGGCCUUAAAGGAGCUUUAAAAAUGUAUUUUCUCAAUUAAUUAAAAAUGACGUGUGCUACUUUGUGGAAUUUAGAUAAAUUACUCAUCUCCUCCAACUGGACUACAAAAACUCAAAAGUGCACCAAUUUUGCUGAAAUAAUCCUAAUUGUUUUUGUCCACUAGAGGGACAAAAAGCUUACGUUUGGGUAAGAGUCAGCCCCGCAGGUCCUUCCCUGCGUUGCGUUGUUUAUUGUGUAAUAUUUCACGUACAAUGAGCACGUUGUCAAAGAUGACAUUCUCCUAUGAGGUCUCGGUCUCCACUGAUUUUCACGUAAAUUACAAGCCAAUGUGCUGGUUAACUGAAGGGGUCCCCCACUACCAUCAUGUCUCCAAACUCCGCCGUGGUCCCUGUUCAAACCACAUGUAUCCCUCAUAGAGCGCUGAUGUGGUUUUUGAGGGGUCGUGUUCAAGGGAAACUCUAUAGGAAGUACCUCUGUGCCUUGCACAUAAAUUGCUUGGAUCCUAUUGUUAGGGCUGUAUUGCUCCCAUAUGACUUGUGUGUAUUAUUCUUUGUUUUGUCCGCCCUUGGCUCCAGGGUUCUUACAAGGCGGCCUGGAAUGUGCCAUCUCGGUCGACCUUUGAAGGGACAAAUACAAAGGAAGGGGUCUGGAUGUUUUCCAACAUUUUGGAUGCUUGAGUGAAGAUCCGCAGGGUCGCCAGGGUCUCGAACACGAUGCUAAAGUGUUGUUCGGCUGAAGUUUCAUGGGUCUAUCACAAUCCAGACUGAUUUAGAGGUUUUCCCCCAUGGUUUUGUUCACAACACAUGAAACAAGAACUUCUGUUUGCGUCUUUUGCAUGUCAGCAAGCUAUUACUCACGUGGGUGUUGCCGUGGGAGCAGCUAUGCUAGCACAUGCUAUUGUCUCUUGACUCUAUUGACUCUUGCGAGUGCACCUGCGUUCAAUAUGUGCGGCGCCUGGAGCGUAAUGGGAACACUUUUACGUCCAGUGCUCGUCCACACAUCUGUGCGGAGACAUCGGGGUCCAAGGUUUGUUUGGCCGCAGUUGAUUAGUCGUGCCUAAAGUGAUGUAAACACGUCACAGGGAUUUGAACGCCAGUAAGCCGUUACAGUGUCUGUUAUUUGUCAUGUGUCAGCUAGAAAAACACGUAUGUGUACGUUUUCCUGUGUUCUCUCACAGAACACCUCGGUAGUCUUUGAGCGGGAUGCCACCGCAGUGCCCUGCCAAGGCCCCGGGCAUACUGAGGGGCUCAUUACGGGACAAAAAAAGUCCUUCACGAAGGAAUGCUUUGUCUUGCAAGAAGCACUCGAGCGCAGACGUGUUAAGUGUCUGAGAGCAACCCAACAAGCCUGGUGAAUUUUUAUGCUCGCCAGCAUGUAUAGUAGCCUGUUUCCCAUGGGACUGCAAUCUAUUUGUGGUGCCGCUGGGUUGCAAAUGUCCAAUUUGCAUAAUUGGCAAUGACUCAUUUGUGACCCAAAGAAGACGGAGCUGCAUGAGUGCUCAUUGAGAAGUGCAAUAUAGUAAUCCCUCGUUUAUCGCGGUUAAUUGGUUCCAGACCUGACAAGCAAUAAGUCAGUUUCCACAAACUAGGAUUCCUUCUUUAUAAAUGGAAUAUUUUUGUACUGAUGGCAUAGAAAACCUGUUUACAAUUGUCAAAAUAUGUCAUUCUAACAUUAUUAGAGCCAUCUAGGCGUGAAAUAACACCCAUGUAGUAGGCCUCUCACAAGAAACGAUAAAUUGAUUAAUCAAACGAUACAACAAAAUAGGUAGAUAAUGAUGACUGCCUGGAUAAAUGGACAUGUGCGUGUAUGCGUGGGUUUCAUCUGCUGGUCUCUCUGUGCCGCACAGGCUGGAUGACAAGGCUUCACUUUGCAUCUGUCUGUGCACGUUGGUUCUGUAGUGGAAUGAACACAGAGAGUGGGCCCUCAUCUCAGUCAGCCUCUUUGUGGAGGCGGUGCUACUAGUGAGUGGCUACAGGGGGUUUAACAGUAAGCUUCGGAGGCAGCAUACGCUAACAUGAAUGACGCCACAAAAGCCAUUUUUGAAAGUUUUUAAGGCGAACGCCACAGCCGACAGCCCCAGCGUGGUUAUACUUGGCUUUUAAACAGAAUGAACACGGUGAGCACAUGAACACCCAUGACAACCGACACGGACAGUUUUCUCAACUGGGAAAAAAAAAACAGCGAUGGAGGUACUCGGGCAGCGGAGCCUUCAUCCUGACAGUCAGUACUUAUUAAGGCGUUUGGUUGGCAAAUACAAACGAAACAGUGCAAAAUGGUGCACACUCACAUUAGAAAAACAUACAGUACAUACAGCUAAUGUCUCACACAGGUACACCGUACACCAGGGGUGGCCAUUACGUCGAUGGCGAGCUAACGGUAGAUCGCCAAGGUAGUUUGGGUCGAUGGCAUAACCGUCACUUUGUAGUUGUCAUAUGACAUCAGUCAGCUGACAUAAAGCUCCCCUCCUGAUUCACGCUCGCUCCCCUGCAGCGUUUCAAGCUACACACGAAUCAUCAAUCAUCUUUAUGAUUGUGACUAUGGAUGAACUAACUCUGUUCUAAGAUGUCUAUAUCUAUAACUAAAGUUAUCUGUUCACUUGUAGCGGCUAGCUAUGUUUACUGGCUUUGCUUGGCGUCAUGAACUCUACUACAGAAAUCAGUGUUUUCUACAUGUUGGCUUCUUCAACUAUUAUUUCAUGAUGAAAUGAAAAAUGUGCCCAUUGGUGAAACCUUUUCAAUAUGUUGCCUUGACUUGGGCUGCAUUGUCUUUUGCAUCAUCAUUUUACAUUCUUGUAUAUGGCUAAUGUUUGAUAGCAAUUGCUAACUGGAUGUAAUACGUGAACUGUGUGUCCUAAUGAACGUUACGUAGCUAAUGUGACUGACAUAUUAGCAGUACUCACUCACUAGUACACAACUAUUUAGGAUUUUGUGCAAUGAUCUUUAUUCCAAUAUUGAAGUGAAUUAUGAUAGCAACUACUUUGAUGACCUGGAAACUUUGAACAUGUGAAUGUAAAAUACUAAUCAUGAAUAUUUACAAUAGAAUUUCAGAGUUUACUGCUUACAUUUUGUAUAUGUUAUAUGUUUUAUAGAAGAGGUAGAUCAUUUGAACUUGUACUUGCAUGCUGAGAAAGUGCGUGCACUCCUGAUAUACAAUACAUGUAUAACAUACAUAAUGCAUACUCAUAUUUUUUUUAUAAAUAUAGUCAAUAUAUAUACUUUCUAUAUUCAAAGCAGUAGGUAGAUCUUUAGGACUUGGUCUUUUUAAAAGUAGCUCGCAGGCUAAAAAAGUGUGACCACCCCUGCCAUACACUAGAGUCCCUACCGUACACUAUACUGGAGUACCAUCUAGUGGUUCAAAUGUGAAUUACACCUCUCAUGACAAUAAUUAAUGAAAAAAUGGUCUCAAGAAAUGUCGAUAAUAUCUAAUAUCGACGAUAAAUUGUGGCUCAAUUAUUGACCAGAAAAAUGUGUUAUCAUGACAGGCCUACCAUAUAUUCACCCUGACUUUUGUAUUACCCAGUGUAGCAUAUACAGUCAUCCCUCGUUUAUAGCGAUUAAUUGGUUCCAGACCAGACACCAUAAAUGAAUUUCUGUGAUAUAGGAUUCAAUGUUAAUAAAUGUUUCGUAGUUAGAGCACAGAAAACCUGUUUAAGCAGUUCAAACAGUUUUUGACGUUCUUAGAGCCCUGUAGACAUGAAAUAACAGCCCUAUAGUCACCUUUACGUUCCUAUUAUUCAUUGUUUACCACAGUUUGCAGAACUAUUUUACUACAGGGGCUCUAGAUGGCCUGCGAGCUAGCAAGCUAACUAAUUAGCCUCAAAUGUAUUUCUUCUAAACUUAAGAAUGCAUUUCAAAUGGAGUGGGGAAGAAGGACAAAGCCACAAACUUACCACUUCCACACUGAAUGUGGGGGAACCUUUUUUCAGUCUGCAUGCAUGGAUGGCUGCAUGGAGUGCAAGGUAGGGUCAUGUAAUAAGGAUGGACGUCAUUACUGCCGCCUAGUGACCAGAACGCUGCAUAUCACUUGCAUUGCAAUAUGUGUGGACGAAUAGUAGACCAUAGUCUACCACCAGACGGUAAUCAUUAAUGAAUUCAUUUCAGAAUAAACGCAAUGUAGCGAUAAACCAACUGCCAUAUUGCCAGGGAGAAAAUCAGCUAUUUAAGCUGUUUUUGUUAUUAAGCUAUUUAGGACAGUUUACCUUGUAGGGGAGCAUGGUUCAUGGUUUUAAUUCAUCUUGAACAUGCAUAUAAUUCAAACAGUAGCCCAUCACAUAAUACAGUUCACAGUUUUGCAUGUCCAAAAAGGAGUAGGAAGAAGCAAAGCUUAUUUAAUCCUACCCCUCAUCAGUUUCACAUCAAGCAGAUUCUGUGGCGGACAGGAAGUGACAUCGGGGGUUCAGAGUUGAGUUUUUGCUUGUUGUUGUUAUGCUGUUAUUAUUGUGCCUGUUGGGAGAUGAUUUCACCCAUCACGUCCCAAUCAUUACUGCCACCUCGUGACCAAUAUAGAAUACUACACACAAGUUGAAAGGGGGUCACUUCAUGUGUUUGUAGUUUACUUCAUUUAGCCAUUUUGAUGCUUGAAAAUGCUUAAUUUGGGCCAGUUUGCUUAAGUAUGCAUUUAGUUGGACGAGUAGUAGGCCGUAGUCAACCAGUAAACAGCCAUCGUUUACUAAUGAGUGUCUUGUUUCUGAGCGAGGGCGAACAUGUCACGCCAAAUCUAAAUGUAUUUGUUAGGGGGCCGGUGCACUAAUAAAGGAAUGCAUGGGAAACACUGGCAUAAAGGGAGGGGGCAAAAGGGGUACCCGCUGGGUUCUCAGCAGUGGUUUGAGAGCUGUAUGUGUGCGUGGGAGAGUGAUGAAAAGUGUUUCAAGACGACUUUGCUGGACUCUGAUGAUGAUGAUGAUGAUGAUGAAGGGGGCACUGGUUGAUACCAAACAGAUGGCGUUCCGCGUUGCGAUGUGCUCACAGUGCAGGUAGCCCGAUGGUGCCCAGUCGGAUCAAGCUUCUCUGAACUGACGCUGUUACGUCCCGAAGUGAUGGAUCUGGCGUUGCCUUUCAUGUGGAUGUGGAGUGCCGUGCUUGCCGUAUGUCAGGACAAGAGCUUUGGUGGUGUUAGCGGUGUAAUUGAUGUGGUUAUGGGAGUGACGUUUCCCCCCGAGCGUGCAUUGGGAGUUCAACUUUGACUUACUGGAUACAUUUCCUUCAGCGCUGAAGGAAAACUAUGCGAAUGAUGCAGCAGAUACUCAGCGCUCCUGUUACGUUUUAGUCAUCUUCCUCCUCAUUUCCUUGACAAAAUGCCCAAUAACUUCCUUUAAAAUGCACUUUGGGCAUGUGUUGUGAUCAUGUGCAUUCAUGUCUCAAAAGAUUAAAAACACAUGAAGACAUAAAUAUCAAAUAAUCCUCACUUAAGUGCAAAAAAUAAUACAAAUAAAUAAAAAUGGCGUCAAAGUGCAAAAAAUAGUAAUGCAAAUAAAUAAAAAUGAAUUUAAUAAAAGCGUAAAAACAAUACGUGAAUUCAAAUCCAAAAUGACUUAAAUAAGUGUAAGCAAAACAAAAGUGACUUACCACUGUAAAAAAUAAAAAUGUAAUCAAAAAUAAUGAGUUAAAUACAAAUGCUUAAAAUAAUAAAAAUAAAUAAAAAGUAUAACUUAAAAGAAAAAAAACAAAUAAAAUGAAGGUAAUUAAAAAAGGUAAUUAAAAAUAGAAAUAAAAAUGUCCUAUAAGUGUAAAAAAAAUUAAAAUGACUUGAUAGUGUUAAAACAUAGUACCAAUAAUUAACAAUAAAGAUGACAAAAGUGUAAAAAAAAAAAUUAAAAUCCUAAUAAUAUUAAUAAAUACUAAAAAAUAAAGAUUAAUAUAAAAUGUAAGAAAAUAACAAAUAAAUAAAAUUUAAAUAAAAGUGUAAAAAAAUCAAAAUAAAUAAAAAUUACUUUAAAAACCUUACAAAAAUAAAUGGCUUAAAUAAAAGCAUGGAAAUAAUAUAACUAAAUAAAAAUGACACAUGACAAAUGUGACACAUAAAAGAGUAUAAAAUACUGUAUAAUAGAAAUCAAAAAGUAAAAAUGACUUGAUGACCCGACCUACGCGGUGCAAUGUAAGCUGGAAGUUAGUUUGAUAUAAAGUCAAAGUGGAGAAAGAAAGCAGCGUGGAACAGACGCCGAGGAGCACAUUAACGCCAGAGUGGAAGUUAAUUCUACUUUCAUACACAUUCUCAUGGCCGCUGAUUGACACUUUGUUUGGUGACUUGGGGUUUUCUCUCAGCCUUCAUACUUCCUGGGAGUAAAAGAGGUAGAAGAAGCAUAUGGACGUUCUCAUGCUGCCAUUCACUGCAUGGCGUGUUUAUGGAAAAGGAAUAUUUUAAUUGACACUUUUAUCGUGACCAAAUCCACAUGCAUGCGAUUGUGGACAUUUGUGAAGCUUUAAUGCAGCUUUGCAGAUGUAAACAUAGUAUUGUGUGUCACACGGCCACUUUCCUGCAGGAUGCACGGCCCGUAAGUUACGCAGCUGUGUGGGGGCUUUUCCACGCCGCUUACAUCUGGAGCCCCUUUUCCACGCACACUGGCCAUCAUUCAAAGUGUGUACGCAUAAUUCCGGAUUGAUCCAGUAAACAUGAGUUGUAAUGUCUCAGUGGCCCGGGCCUGAGAAACCGCUGGACACCAUAUGUACGGCUUUAGCGUGGCUGAGCGUGACGCGGCGGCAUUAACGCUCGUGCAAAGAAAGAGGAUGUUGUGUAAGCCCGAGAAGACAGAAUUAGCAUAAGCUACAAACAGGACACUGGAACUGUUAGGUUGUAAAUGGCCACGCCGUACCAUGCAAGUCACCUGAUAGCUGUCCCUGCAUGCUUGCCAUUGCUCCUGGCGUCUUGUGAGCGGAUGUUUGCGUACGUGAACAUCAAGGCUCAGUGACGUCUCACCUGCUCGGGACUAGUACGCCGACUUCCUGCUCCCACUUACAAUUAUGUUGCAAAACUGUAAAAACCAUUACCACGCAUUACCAACAAUAACAGAUUCCACUCGUCUUUCUGCAAGACGGUGAAACGUUUAUUGCUCAAGUCAUGCAGGUUUGUGUUUGGGCAUAUUUACAACAUUCAGGAGUGGAAGAGUUAGCUGAGGCUAUGGGUGUCCAAAGUGCGGCCCCGGGGCCAUUUGCCACCCGCAGCCUUUUUUUUUAAUUUGCCAACGCCACAUUCCACAAAUAUUUCAUUAAUGAUAUCAUUUUAUAAUAUUAUUAAUUUUGUAUAGGAUUGAAUUAUCAUAAUACAUAUAUCAUUAUAAUACUAAAUGUGUAAUUAUAUAAAUGAGUAAUAUUCAUGGUAAUAAUAAAAUAAGAGCAGCCACAACUAACAAAUCAGCAGUAAUUUUACAAGAAUAAAGUCUAAAUAUUCUUGUUGUAAUUGGUUGAUUUUACUGGAACAACGUUGUAAUAUUAUGAGGACUAAUAACAUAGUUUUAGCAGCAUUUAGUUCAAAUAUGAAAGAAAAAUGGAAUAUUAUGAGAAACAAAAACAACAAAUAAAAUUGUCAUUUUUGGACUGCCGCGACCCUAAUGAGGAUGAAGUGGUAUAGAAAAUGGAUGGAUGGAUGGAUUUUUGGACUGUUAGGUUGUGUAAAAAGUUACAAUGUUAUGGGAAUAAAGUCAUGCAAUUACAAGAAGAAAGAAAAGAAAAUCAAAGAACAGCAGCAGCAGAAAUGAAAAAAAAAAAACAGCUGUAAGGUUACAAGAAUAAAGGCAGAAAUAUUGAGAGGAAAAAAGUUGCAAUUUUAUGAGGAUAAACUUGCAGUAUUAUGAGGCAAAAUAAUGUCAUCAUAGCAUCGAGUUGAAAUAUUAAAGAAAACAUGUUUUGUCAAAUUUGUGAUUUUUUGAUAAAUUAGGUUGGGAAAAGUGAAAAUAUUAUGGGAAUAAAGUCAUCAUAUGAUGGGAAUAAAGUCAUAAUAUUAUGGGAAUAAAGUCAUCAUAUGAUGGGAAUAAAGUCAUUAUAUUAUGGGAAUAAAGUCAUAAUAUUAUGGGAAUAAAGUUACAAUAUGAUGGGAAUAAAGUCAUCAUAUGAUGGGAAUAAAGUCGUCAUAUGAUGGGAAUAAAGUUAUCAUAUGAUGGGAAUAAAGUCAUAAUAUGAUGGGAAUAAAGUCAUCAUAUGAUGGGAAUAAAGUCAUCAUAUUAUGGGAAAAAAGUCAUGAUAUGAUGGGAAUAAAGUCAUCAUAUUAUGGGAAUAAAGUCAUCAUAUGAUGGGAAUAAAGUCACAAUAUGAUGGGAAUAAAGUCAUCAUAUGAUGGGAAUAAAGU